ACGCCAGACGACGACAGAGGGCAACAUGGCGGCGCACAGCUGGUCUCCGCCGCUCAGCAGGCUGCUGUCUACCGUGAAGUAUGUCUCACUCCAGUCCAGAUGCUGCACAGUGCAUAGCAAGGCUCAAUAUUCCACAGCGUACAAUCCCAGUGAAAAGACAUUUGAUAAGAUCCUUAUCGCUAAUAGAGGAGAAAUUGCUUGCAGGGUGAUUAAGACAUGUAAGAAGAUGGGUAUCCAGACUGUAGCUGUUCAUAGUGACGUGGACUCCAGUGCUGUUCAUGUGAAGAUGGCCGAUGAGGCAAUCUGUGUUGGCCCUGCCCCCACCAGUAAGAGCUACCUGAACAUGGAUGCUAUCAUGGAUGCCAUCAGAGUGACUGGAGCACAGGCUGUUCAUCCUGGUUAUGGGUUUCUCUCUGAAAACAAAGAGUUUGCAAAGCGACUGGCAGCCGAGGGUGUGACAUUCAUCGGCCCGGACACGCAUGCUAUCCAGGCAAUGGGAGAUAAAAUUGAGAGUAAGCUGAUUGCUAAGGCUGCUCAGGUCAACACUAUCCCAGGAUUUGAUGGGGUCGUCAAGACUGCAGAGGAAGCUGUGAAGAUUGCACAGGAAAUCGGCUACCCAGUUAUGAUUAAAGCAUCGGCAGGAGGAGGAGGGAAAGGAAUGAGGAUUGCUUGGAAUGAUGAUGAGACGAGGGAAGGUUUCCGGUUCUCAUCUCAAGAGGCAGCAUCCAGCUUUGGAGAUGACCGGCUACUCAUUGAGAAGUACAUAGACAACCCCAGGCAUAUAGAGAUUCAGGUGUUGGCUGAUAAACAUGGUAAUGCUCUGUGGCUUAAUGAGAGGGAGUGCUCCAUCCAGAGGAGGAACCAGAAGGUGGUGGAAGAGGCUCCCAGUACUUUUCUGGACCAGGUCACACGGCAGGCAAUGGGUGAGCAGGCAGUGCAGCUGGCAAAAGCUGUGCAGUACUCCUCUGCUGGCACUGUGGAAUUCCUGGUGGACUCUAAGAAGAACUUCUAUUUCCUGGAGAUGAACACGCGACUGCAGGUGGAGCAUCCGAUUACAGAGUGCAUUACUGGCCUGGACCUAGUGCAGCAGAUGAUCAGGGUUGCCAAGGGUUACCAACUGCAGCACAAACAGGAAGAUAUCCCAAUAAAUGGCUGGGCCAUUGAGAGCCGCGUCUACGCCGAGGAUCCCUACAAGUCUUUUGGGCUUCCCUCCAUUGGACGGCUGUGUCAAUACCAAGAGCCACUUAACCUCAGCAACGUCCGUGUAGACAGUGGCAUCCAGGAAGGAAGUGACAUCAGCAUCUACUAUGAUCCUAUGAUCUCUAAGUUGGUUACCUAUGGGGCUACGCGAGGUGAAGCCCUUGCCAGAAUGGAGGAUGCUCUAGAUAACUAUGUGAUUAGAGGUGUUACCCACAACAUUCCCCUGCUCCGGGAAAUCAUCACCCAUCCUCGCUUUAUCUCUGGUGACAUCAGCACAAACUUCUUGCCUGAGGUUUACCCUGAUGGCUUCAAGGGCCAUCAGCUGGAGGUGGACACGCGCAGGGAGCUUUUGGCCUCUGCAGCAGUGCUUCACAUCACUGCUCAGCUCCGUUCACAGACAGUCCUGGGCACCCUGAGAGUGUCCACCGUUCCUGUGGAAUGUACCCGCUGGGAGCUGUGUGCAGAGCUGGGGGAGGCAUGCCAUGCUAUGGAGAUUACCAAAUCAGGAAAUGUUUAUAAUGUGGAGGUGGAUGGAGGAAAGGUGGAAGUCAGUGGAGUGUUUAACCUAGCCUCCCCUCUGUUGCCACUCACCAUCAACGGCUCACACAGGAUGCUGCAGCGUCUGUCCAGAGAAGCUUCAGGAAUGAUUGUCCUGCAGUACCUGGGCUCUGUGUUUAAGGUUCGUGUUCUGUCCAAAUUGGCUUCAGAGCUGAAUUCCUACAUGCCAGAAAAGGUUCCGGAAGACACCAGCAGCAUCCUGCGUUCACCGAUGCCCGGCACAGUUGUGGCUGUGUCCAUCAAGCCUGGAGAUACGGUUAAGAGUGUCCACUGUAAGCCAGGGGAGACGGUGGGAGAAGGAGACCUGCUAGUCGAGCUCCAAUAAACCACAGCCUUUGAUCUCUGUUGUGGCAGCAGCCCCAGGAUGAACCUGAUGUCCACAGGCUGUCCACACAGAAAGAUCCAUGUUGACAAACGCUUGAUGCCUGAUUUUUCUUGCCAGUGCUCUGUCUGUACGGUGGUCCACCAGCAGAGUUUAGUUUUCCUGAUAGGGACUCCGAGCAGUAUCAGCAGUGUGCACUCUUCUGUAGAUUUCACAGUCUUUCUUAUUUCUUGGAUUCUUAUGGUUAUUCCAUUUUGUUUCUUUAAAGGCUAUAGGUUAGUUUUUAUAAAAGGGUCAGUUCACCCACAUUCCAAAAAAUUAUGUUUUAGUUAUUUUGCACAUGUUGUUUGAGGAGACAUAGGAAAGUUCUGCCACUCCACUACACUGGAAGGACAUGUAUUGAGCUGUUCAAAUAUCAUAAUAAAAUUUUUAUGUGGGUACCAAAAAAUAAAAAUCCAUUCACCUGUACUGUAUUACAGAAAUGUCAUUUGGUGGAUAUUUCAAAAGUAGUUUAUUUCCUCCAUCAGUAAAACAGCAUAAUAAUGUUAGUAUUUUUUAAAGUCACUCAAGCAGGAAAAAUGUCUGUUGAAAUUUGGAUGAACUGACGUUAAAUGACUAUGCAUAUAACCAAUAAAGUGCUCCUUUUUCGUACACAAAAAA